GUUUACUCGUCAAGUAAGUUGUCGUCGCCUUGCUUUUCUCUGAGGAUUAAAACUAGAAACUUUGUUUUUUUCUGGACUUCCGCACUUUUGUGACAUUUAAUGAUGAACUUGCUUUGCUUCUUCCUCCUAGUUGUACAAACACACAGCGUGACGCCUGUGAUUCACACGCUGCAGUAUUUCACCACCGCGUGCUCUCAAGUUCCAAACUUCCCAGAGUAUGUGGAGGUUGGCUAUGUUGAUGAAGUUGAGGUGAGUUACUAUGACAGCAACAUCAGGAAAGCAGAAUCCAAACAGGACUGGAUGAACAAAAUCACAGCAGAGAAUCCAAACUACUGGAAAAUAGAAACAGAGAAGAAUGUUGUUAAAGAACAUGUCUACAAAGACAACAUUGAAAUAGCCAUGAAGCGUUUCAACCAAACUGGAGGUGUUCACACUUUCCAGGAGAUGACAGGAUGUGAAUGGAAUGAUGAGACUGAUGAAGUUAAAGGUUGGAGGCAGUACAGUUAUGAUGGAGAAGAUUUCAUAUCGUUGGACAUGAAGACAUGGACAUGGACUGCAGCAAAACAACAAGCUUUCCCCACCAAACUCAAGUGGGACCAGGACACACAUAUACUAGACUACCAGAAGUAUUAUUACACUGAGCUAUGUCCUUCUUACUUGAAGAAGUAUGUGGAGUAUGGGAAGAAGGUCCUAAUGAGAACAGAGCUUCCAAAGGUGUUCCUCCUCCAGAAGACGCCAUCCUCUCCGGUCACCUGCAUGGCGACAGGUUUCUACCCCGACCGAGCCGACUUGUUUUGGACGAAAGACGGCGAGCAGAUCUUCGAGGACGUGGAGCACGGAGAGCUGCUCCCCAACCACGACGGAACCUUCCAGUUGUCGGUGGAGCUGAAAGUGGAGGUGACGGCCGAGGUGGAGGGCAAGUACGGAUGUGUGUUCCAGCUGUCUGGCGUGAAGGAGGACCUGGUCACCAAGCUGGAGAGAAGAAGCAUCCUGAGCAACGCAAGCCCUGAAGGCAACGUGAGCGUCACUGCCACGCUGGCGGUCCUUGCUGUGGUGCUCCUCCUGGCGGCCCCCAUCAUCAUCAUCUUCAUCAUCAAGCGUCGCCCAAGCAGACAAGCCCAAUACCAUGCAGCUGCUGGUGACGGUGGUAACCAGCUCUCAGAGAGACGUGAAGGCUGAAGGCUGAAGGCUGAAGGCUGAGUGACACACAGCACAGAUGCUUUGUGCACUGGAACACAGAGAGAUGUCUCCAUCGCUGAGGGACCUCAUCACACUUGGACUUUUCUUUCACAUCUGCACUAAUUGCUCCUCAUCUUACACCAUGUCUUCUUCGGCUGUUUGUGGCUGACAAAACACCUUCAAUCUGCAUUUGUCUACAAUAUUUUGUCAGAUGUUGAUCUUUGUGUCCAUGUAGUUGUGAUGUCAUCAUUUGGGGCUCAUGUGUCAUCACAUUGACAAGGAUUUCUUCUUUCCUUUUCAAACCAAUAGACAGCUGCUUAUCAGUGAAUAUCACCUUGUGUCACAUCUCAUCAUUAUUUUUAACAAUAUUUUGGAACAAUAGUACCAUUUUUAACUACUUCCGUAUGCUAAUAUUAAUUGUUUUUGAUGUAACAUUUAAGAAUGAUGAUUAUGAGAACUGCGAUGAGGUGGCGACUUGUCCAGGGUGUACCCCGCCUUCCGCCCGAUUGUAGCUGAGAUAGGCGCCAGCGCCCCCCGCGACCCCAAAAGGGAAUAAGCGGUAGAAAAUGGAUGGAUGGAUUAUGAGAACUGCUGUCCAGUUGUUUUAUCUUCUUUUCUGAUGACAUUAGUCUCAUUUGCAAUGCAGUUGCACUUCCAAGACCAUUAGAUGGCAGCACUGUAUAACUAUUUAUGCUAUGUUGUCAAACUAGAAAGUAGCUUUUUUUUUCAGGAAAUUAACUUUUUAGGUUGCGCCCUACAAAGUGUCAAUACUGUAAGAAUAGUUAUUACACAAAAUUGUAAAAUUCGAACUAUAAUCUUAGUUGUUUCCUUUACCAAAUUCCAAGGUGUUGAAAUCGCCAUGUAAAAUCCUUCAUGUAAAUAGUAGCCUGUCUUUGGCAAAUCCUAUGUAAAUUAGCAAUAAGCUAGCGCAUUUUGGAAGAGUGUCGCAUUACUUUAUGUUUGCGCUGUUUUUUUAUUAAGCACACUUUAUUGGUGUUGAAAAUGGCAAGGUGACUUUUAGGGAGUUUGGCUGAGUCCGGCCUGAGUGCUGCUUGAGUGAUUGUUUACCUGAGCCCGUGUUUAGUCUGAAAGCAGACAUGACGUCACAUGCAACAAAGGUAUCCAACUUGAUUUUACAUAAUUGAUAGUACUGAGGGAAUCGGGUCAUCACCUACAAAAGUACAGAAUUGGGUAGCCAACCUUACCAGUUAGUGUGACGGAGGGGGACAGUGACACAAAAUUUUUAUGACAAAGCAUUGUCAAAUAUUUAUAUUUUUGAAACAAUUUGCUGUUUUUUCCGUUCCUUUUUGCAUAAUCAUAUUUUUGCUUGAUUGCCAAACAUGCCGAGGAUGUCAUUUGGGAAGUAAACAAGGUAGGCCGUUCAUAUACUCUUGAUAUUCAGUGUUUUAUGUGUACAAUGUUUCAUGUACAUUCUGGGGGUUUUAUUCAGUAAAAACUUGUCAAAUACAAA